AGCAUGGCAACUAACACACACACACACACAUCAUUCUUGUCUACGCGUCAGCAUCACGACGAUAUUAUGCCGCUGCGACUGCGAGUGCAUGUUGGCAUAAGUUUUUUUUUCUCCCUCCAUGAUGAUGCCUAGUUUUUUAAGCGCCGGGCACGGCCGCACCAACUGGAAGCUGGAGGCCGCCUGCUUUUCAACAAACACCUAGUAGUAUAAACAGAUCUCUCUCUCUCUCACACACACACACAGCAGGCAGCACCAUGCUUCACAGGAGGAGCCGCACGCUGGGAGGGAGCUCCGACCGAGCCGCGCGCCGAGCGGUGGCGACCAAGAGCGGGACGAGGGGGAGCGGCAAUGGCGCGGCCACGGACCUGCUCGUCUGCUUCCCGUCGCGGGCGCACCUCGCCCUCAUGCCGCCCAAGGCCAUCUGCAGCCCGUCGCGCCCGCCGUCCGCGUCCGAGCCCGUCAAGCGCCGGCACAGCACCAGCCGGGCGGGGCCGACGCCAUUGCCGCCCAGCUGGCCGGGGCUCUACAAGUCGGCCACGUGCACGGCCAGGAACCCGCCGAUCCACCGGCACCGAGGCGCGGAUCGCGCCCCCGUGGACGACGAGCCGACGUCGCCCAAGGUGACCUGCGCGGGCCAGAUCAAGGCCCGCCCGCCCAAGCCCAGUGGCGGUGGGAAGAAGGCCACGUGGCUGCAGGCGCUGGGGAUCAAGAAGGAUGCCAUGGCGCUCUUGGACGCCCUGCACGGCGCUUUCAGGUUCAACGUCGCCGGCUGCUUCGGCAGCUUCCCCGGUGCCGCGGGCGUGGCGGGGUACACUUCCGCGGAGGAUGACGACGACGACGAGGAGGAGGAGGAGGACGUGCCGCGCGCCGAGAAGGAUACGGAGCACGGCGGCGCGGCACGGGCGCGGUGGUUCAUGGUGCUGGAGGAAGGCAAUAAGAAGGUGUCUACCAAGAAGCUGCAGGGACAAGAGCCGGAACGGAGCCAGGAGGAAGACGCGGCCCCGCCGGCGAACGCGCUGAUGCUGAUGCGGUGCCGGUCGGCGCCGGCGAAGGGAUUAGCGAGGAGGGUAGAGGCAGAGGAGGAGCGCGAGGAUGUGAAGAUCGCCACCAAUAAGACUCCGGAGAAAGAGACGGAAAAGGAGAGGGAGAGCCUGGUGCUCAUGACGUACUCCCCGGACUUCUUCAAGGUGUCCCUUGACAUUGCCAAGGAGACUUGGAUCGUCGGCGGUGAUGACGCCGUCCUGCGCUGCCGGAGCUGGAAGAGAUAGAUGAUCGCAGUGACGGUUCAUUCAACAAGGAAUGCAUGUGCCUUUUACUCCUUCGAUUGUUUUCUUCUUCUUUUAUUUUUCUUUUCGCCCCUCUUGAUAAAGUACAACUCUUUGCAUAAGGCUCGUGUGAAGGGCAUGAUCAGCACACAGCAGAAUUGAUUUAGCCAAGGCCACUCUGUAUUGAUGGCCUCUCUGCAGAACAUUUCUGCUCUGUAAAUAGUUUUGUAACGUCCCUUGUCAAAAUGUUACCCAGGUAUACUUGGCCGGUGGUAUGUGAGGCUGAAUAGUACUGGACUAGUGGACUGUAUGAUGAACUUCACAGCUCAUCCUUUCGUGCUA